AUGAAACUACGGCUCAAAUUUGGAGCACAUUUUAAAGUGGCCGAGGUGGACGAGGAGGCAUUGCUGAGUUCUCUGCUAGAAAGAGCUGCCUCAUUGUUUAACCUUACAACUAGCAAUGUUCUCCUGAGCCUUAAUGCAACUGAUUUCUAUGCUUCGUCUGAUGGUCGAUUGAAACUGAAAGAUAUCGGAAUAGUUCCUGGUGACAUAGUCUAUGUUCAGUCUCUCGUUCAGUCGGACGAUAUAAGAAAGGCCCGUUCUUGUGAGGUACUUGCUAGUGUUGCUAACUAUGCGAUCCAGAAACAAAUGGCCAUCAAAUAUGACAAUUUUUUCGUUGAUCCCGAAAAGAUCGAUGCGGAUUCCCGGGGAAACCUUUCUGUCAUAUACAAAAAUCCACAAGAUCUUAUUAUUAAACUUUCGGAUGAGCUGAUUGAACCCAUACUAGUCGAUAUUCAUGAAGGCAUGGUUGUCAACAUUUUUGAUCGGCUCCCCUUGACCGACUUAGCUUAUGUUACAUUGUCCUCACGCAAAGUGAAUGCCUUCAUUAAUUCCUGUGAAGCACUUUGGCGCCGCAAGUUGGUCUCCAUUUUCGGAUGUUCUAAUGCUGAUGGUAGGUUGGUAAACCAGGUUUAUUUAGCCCACAUAAUAAAAAUAUUUCCAAAUUAUUUAGCCUUUUCUUUCAGUUAUAAACUCUGCGUGCUCGCCAGACGGUUCAUCGGUCCUGCUUGGCAAAUGUCCAUCACUUUUGGUAGGUGA